AUGUUCGUUGGUGAAAAGGUGCACAGGAAGAUGGUGUUUCAUCAGAGAGUUAAGGAUUUCGCGAUACCCUUCAAGAAGAGGAUAAAAACUUUAACUUAUACGGAUGCUGAAAAAAGGAUUAUUAAGGGUGUCGCGGCGAUAGACAAUGACUUUUCCCACGCCAGUGCCAACAUAACAGACGGGGGGAUUGGCUAUUCAUACGUCACAGUUAGAAUGAAGAGCCAACGACAUCACCCCCUCAACUUUGAAGUCGAGAUAUAUGUCUAG